AUGGGUGCGACUUCGUCCAAGCAUGGAUCACUUGAGUACGUCGGAUCGGAAUGUCUCAGCUGUUACUCCUUACGAGACCAGCAAGAGGACGAGGACAUGGCGAAGAUGCCAUCUUUCGACGGCAGCACGGAUCCAGCAUUUGCGAUGCCUCGGAGAGCUCAAGGAGGAGCCCGAGGAGGCAAUCGAUCCGUCAGGCAUAGCGAUCCUCGGCGAAACAAGCUUUGCAUGGAUGUAGUGUCUGCCUUUGACUGUCAGACAGUGGAGGAGGAAAAGCGCUCCUUUCGAUCCCGCGCUGCUUCUCUUCCCCAGGGCGACCCUUCAAUCCUGAGGAGUCCGAGAUCGCGCACAGCGUCGGUUUACACGUCGAGCAUGAAGGUGAGGGACCUGCAGGAGUACAACGCGGCGCUACAAGAGCUAGAGAACUGGCAGGAGGGGAGGCAGCGGGAGGGAAACUUCAACCCCGUGGAGGGUUUUAUCCGCAGGCGUGAGCUCGAGGACAAGUUCUCGCACCUCCUUCGCUUCAGUGGCGACGGGACGCUCAAGGAACAUCCGGGGUUCGUUCGCUUCGAGAAGCAGCGGGAGAAGAGAAUGUUUUCUCUAUCGGCGAGGACUUAA